GGUUCGAGUUUACUCGGGCUUCCCUCCCUUUCCAAAUCUGGUUGAAAAUUGCAAAUGGCGUCUCUAUUUCAUGGACACUGAAUGAGAGUGAAAUACCAAGAUGGAUAACAAUACAAAACCAUAUGUUCCACCUAGUAAGGAGAAAGAACCAGAGGUAGUUCAGACUGUAAAAGUACCAGCCCAGAGUCGUUUGAAGGAGGAACUUCUCAAGCCUAUGCCCAGUAAAAAUGUCAACACCAAGCCACCCACACAGAUUAUCAUCCCCGCCAAGUACUCAGGCAACAAACAGUCCACCACACGUUUGGCAGCAGGCACCAAAAUCAUCCUCCCAAGUAACAUGGGAAGCUCUGGUCAACCAUUGCAGUUCAUUGUCACUUCCCCACAAUCCUCUUCACCCAAGGUAACACUACAAGGAGGUCAAGGUCAGUCUCUCAUAACAGGUGCCAGGUCCAUACUGCCCAAUCUAGCUGGAAGACCUUGCAAGAUUAUUGUUAGUUCUCCACCAUCAGCAGUUACCACAGAGCCAAUCUAUCUUCCACAGACCUCUGCUAACACAGUUCAGUAUAUCGUCACUUCUCCUGAAGCCAGUGAGCUUAAAACCAUUUCCUACGAAGAGGACAACAACAAGUACAUCAUUGAAAACACAGAAAAUGAAAGUACAGAGGAGAUUGUCGUAGAAACACAGAAUGUGUUUGCUCCUCAGGAAAUCACAGUGGAUGUCCCCACUGAUACAGAUGCUGCUAAUUCUUUGAUUGCCAUUGCAGAGCAGCUCCAACAACCCAAAGUGGAGAAUUUUGUAUAUAUGGUUGAUGAUAAGGGGGACAACUCUGGCAUUAUAGCUGAGCAUGCAGUGGUUGGGGAUGAUAUUGAACCUGCUGAAGUGGAGGUGGAGAGUGUGGAAGUAGAGGAAAUUAAGAUUUCUCCUCGCAGAGGAAAAAAGGCACAACAGAAAAGACAAACCAAAACAACUGAGUUCAGUGAUGAUGCCAGUGAUCUGAGUGACACUGAUAUGAAAGCAAGAAUCUCCAAUAUUGGCCUUGACCAUUUAUCCUACCUUUCCUCCAGAUCAAUGGUUUCAUCAAGACCCAUGGUCUAUUCCCCACAAGCCAAGGAGAGGCAAGCAGCAUUCACCUCAGAUGAAAGCACAGACUCAGAUUUCUCAGAUGAUGAUGAUGACGAAGAUUACAAAACCCGACGAGUCAAAAAACCAACAUACAAAGCCAAAAAACCCAGUAAAAAUGUUGUAUCAAAAACUGUCAACUCCUGGAUGAAGAAAUUUGUUCCCAAAGUCUCUCCUCACAGUGAUGCUGAGGAAAACAGUGAUGACAAUGAGGAUUAUAGUGACAUAGGCGUCCCAAAGGAGCACUUGAUGGCCUGCUGUGAGAGAUUCCGCAAGGUGACAGAAAGCGUGGAGGAACUGAUGAGGAAUAAUGCCAAGACUAGGAGCUUCAGAGAAACAACAAAUCCCAGUGGAGACAGAGUAUUUGAAUGUUCCACUUGUCACAAGCUCUUCACCAUGAGAGACACCAUAAAAAAGCAUCUGAUCCGUCACACAGGACAAAGAUGUUUCCAGUGUACUAAAUGCAACAAGAAUUUCAUGUUCAAGUAUGGUCUGAAAUGUCACAUGAUGACCCACACUGGGAAAAUGCCUUGUGUUUGCUCGAUUUGUGGAGGCAAGUUCAUCGAGAACAGCAAGUUAGAGGUUCAUAUGAGGAGGGUUCAUACCUCAGAACGUCCAUUUGAGUGCGCUCAGUGUGACAAGAAGUACCCAACAAAGAGUGAGCUCAACAACCACAUACUUAAUGUGCACACAACCAUCAAGCCUUAUCCCUGCCCAUUUUGUGACAAGAAGUUUUCCCAUGAUGCAAAGCUCAAGAGACAUUUAACAGUUCAUACUGGGGAACGUCCAUUCAAAUGCUCAUUCUGUGAAAAGGCAUUCACACAGAGGGCUCAUUUACAGAUUCAUGAAAGAUGUCAUACUGGCAUCUUCCCUUUUGCUUGCAAUGGAUGUGACAGAAGGUUUUAUGACAAAGUUUCCAGAGACAGACAUUACAGAAGGAUACAUGAGGGUGUAGAGAAGCCAUAUUGCAAGAAGUGUAACAGCUACUUCAAGACAAAGACCAGUCUUACGCGUCACAAGAGGGAAUGUGGGAGGAUCAAGCAGGAGCCACCAGUAGUCGUCAGCGAUGAGGAUGAUGUAAUGGAAGAUGAGGUAGAAGAAGAUAUUCCAGAACCAAGGAAGAGAGCAACUAGGGUCACAAGGUCACCAAGAUCAAAGAAACUUACCAUUAAAAUCAAAAAGGUUGGAGGAAGGAAAACUGCCAAAGGAAAGAAAUCUGACAAAAAGGUCAGCGUAGAAGCCAUGGAAAAAUCUGGAAAAUUGUUUAUCAGAAGUGAGAGAAUCAAAGCUAGAUCAGAAGCUGCCAAACGUAGAAAUCAGCAAGCGGAGCCUGCUGCCCCUCCUUCUAAGAGAAAAAGAAGGUCACGAUAAGGUGAACUCCCAUAAUUGUAACUCAGGAUAAAUAGUUGAAGAUAAUCUACUUGUUUUUUUUUAAUCAGUGUUUGACUUGUUAAAAUGAAUUUUUAAGGCUUUUAUGACAUUUUAUACAAAGAAUUAGUUUGUCCAUUUUGUAAAAAGAAUGUACAAUUAUGUUAAUAUAUUUAGUCAAUGUAGUUUUCCCUGCAUAAUGCUGUAGCUAUUUACUUAGUAAUAAUAGCAAAUGUAACCAAUGAUAAUAUAUAUAGAAACGCUGUUCUAGUGGUUUUAGAAUUUUGUUAUUCAUGUUUGAUAUUAUUGUUUAUUACUAUACAGUUAAAAGUUUAGAAAUUCAAAUCUUGUUUACAUGUGCAUGUAUAUUAUUUUA